AUGCUUUUCUCGAAAAUUAUGCUUACUCGGCGGAUUUUGAUGAGAGGUUUGGCAACAGCUAAAUCAUCAACUCCGACGUUGACAGAUGUAUUAAUAGUUGGUGGGGGACCUGCUGGAUUAACUUUAGCUGCAUCGAUCAAGAAUUCUCCUCAACUAAAGGGCUUGAAGACGACAUUAGUGGAUAUGGUGGACUUAAAGGAUAAACUAUCUAAUUUUUAUAAUUCACCCCCAGAUUAUUUUACAAAUAGAGUUGUCAGUGUUACACCUAGAUCUAUACAUUUCUUAGAAAAUAACGCUGGUGCCACAUUAAUGCACGACAGAAUCCAAAGCUAUGAUGGGCUCUAUGUCACGGAUGGUUGUUCUAAGGCUACUUUGGACCUGGCAAGGGAUUCUAUGCUUUGUAUGAUUGAAAUUAUAAAUAUACAGGCUUCUUUAUACAAUAGGAUUUCCCAAUAUGACCCAAAGAAAGACUCGAUUGAUAUUAUCGAUAAUACCAAAGUGGUUAACAUCAGACACAGUGACCCUAAUGACCCAUUAUCCUGGCCUUUGAUCACUCUUUCAAAUGGUGAAGUGUACAAGACGAGAUUAUUAGUGGGUGCAGAUGGAUUCAAUUCUCCUACUAGGAGAUUUUCUCAGAUCCAAUCAAGAGGUUGGAUGUAUAAUGCCUAUGGUGUUGUGGCUAGUAUGAAGUUAGAAUAUCCACCAUUUAAAUUAAGAGGAUGGCAAAGGUUUUUACCAACUGGACCCAUUGCACAUUUGCCUAUGCCUGAGGAUAAUGCAACUCUUGUUUGGAGUUCGUCUGAACGAUUAUCGAGACUUCUUUUAUCAUUACCUCCAGAAUCAUUUACUGCACUUAUCAACGCAGCCUUUGUCCUGGAGGACGCCGAUAUGAACUACUAUUAUCGUACAUUGGAAGAUGGUUCUAUGGACACAAAUAAAUUGAUUGAAGACAUCAAAUUCCGGACUGAGGAAAUAUACGCUACUUUGAAGGAUGAUUCUGAAGUUGAUGAAAAGUACCCACCAAAAGUGGUCAGUAUAAUAGACAAGACAAGAGCACGUUUUCCCUUAAAAUUAACUCAUGCAGAUCGUUAUUGUACAGAUAGAAUUGCUCUUGUUGGUGAUGCAGCACAUACCACACACCCUCUCGCUGGACAAGGGUUGAACAUGGGACAGACAGACGUUCACGGGUUAGUAUAUGCAUUAGAAAAGGCGGUGGAAAGGGGUCUAGACAUUGGAUCUUCGUUGAGUUUAGAACCUUUUUGGGCAGAGAGAUAUCCAUCCAACAACGUUUUAUUAGGAAUGGCGGAUAAACUAUUUAAGUUAUAUCACACGAGUUUUCCACCUGUGGUGGCCUUAAGAACACUUGGCCUGAAUUUGACUAACAAGAUUAGCCCAAUCAAAAAUGUCAUUAUUGACACACUGGGUGGAAAUGAAAAGUAA